GGGCGCUGAGGGCGGCAGGGCCGGGCCGGGCCGGGAGCGGCUGGUUCGCUCCGCUCGGGUCGGUCCGGCGGCGGCAGCGGCGGCCCCGAGCCGGGAUGUGGCGGCGCCCGGCUGGGCUCCUGCUCGUCUUCGUGGCCGCCACGGCCGCGCUGUGGCUGCUAUCGGUGCGGCUGAGCGCGGGGCAGACGCGCAGGGCGCUGCGGUUCCCGGCGGACCUGGAGGAGCUGCGGGAUCUGGCCGAGGCGCUGCGGGACUACGAGCGGCAGCACCGGGGCGCGGCGCUGGCCCUGUUCUGCGCUGCGUACCUGUACAAGCAGAGUUUCGCCAUCCCCGGCUCCAGCCUCCUGAAUGUCCUGGCUGGAGCACUCUUCGGGCCAUGGAUGGGGCUGGUGCUGUGCUCAGUGCUCACGUCUGUGGGAGCCACCCUCUGCUACCUGCUCUCUGCAGCUUUUGGCAAGCAGCUCAUUGUCCACUUUUUCCCUGAGAAGGUGGCUCUGCUGCAAGGGAAGGUAGAAGAGAACAGGAGCUCCUUAUUUUUCUUCUUGUUGUUCCUGAGGCUGUUCCCCAUGACACCAAACUGGUUUCUGAACCUCUCGGCUCCCAUUUUAAACAUCCCCAUCUUCCAGUUCUUUCUCUCCGUCCUCAUUGGCCUUACACCAUAUAAUUUCAUCUGUGUGCAGACAGGGGCCAUUCUGUCCCAAAUCACCUCUCUGGAUGCCAUCUUCUCCUGGGACACACUGCUCAAGCUGCUGGCCAUGGCUGUAGCAGCGCUGAUUCCAGGGACCCUCAUCAAGAGAUACAGCAAGAAACACCUGAAGCUGGAUGGGGACAAGCAAGCUCAGACACUCAAUGGCAGAAAGAGCUUGUGAUGGCUUAGGUGUGCCCCAGUUUUGGGGUAAAAGCUGCAGGACUCUGUUCCCAGGGGUUAUAUUCUGCAUGCUCUGUGCCACCAAGGACAGUGACAAUUUUUAAUCGUCCUUCUCAUCUCAGAGGAGCUGUCCGUUCUUAUUUUUAAUGAAUGUUUAUAUGUGCCUGUACCUGCACAGAGAGAGGGAUACAGGGGCUUUGUGAACACUCAGUUAAUUUGCCUGUUUCAUUUAAAUCAGUCUCCUGUGUGCCUGAGGCUGUGGGAAAUAAAAGGAGGAGUAUUGGCAUCUGCGAGGAAGGCAAACCAGCAGCCAGCUGUGGAUCACUGGCCAAGCACAACCCUGCGGGCAGUAGGCAGGCCCUGCUCCCUCCAGAUUUAGCAUUUUCAGCCUAAAAUGAUGGUGCUUGUACAGCUACACUGGAGCACUCAAGUUGAGAAAAUAAUGGUGUUUCAGGGUGCAGCUGUAGAAAAUUCUUUGAUUCCCAUGUUAAACCAGCACACCCUGCAGCAAAAUGCUCAGGAUUUGAGCUGCCUGAAUCAGUCAUGUGAGAAGACUUGAGAUUGCUUCUCUGGUCUGCCAGUGGCUGCUGUUCCACAUAAAGACUAAAGGGGAAAAGAAUGGGAAGGGAUGUGCCUGACUGGCAGAGAUUUGUACCUGAAAAGCACCUUGACACCCACACAUUUGCUCCUGUAUAACUAGGAGGAUUCCAAAUAAAGAGGUGGGCUCUGUCCCAGUUGUGGAGAACAUUGGGUUUGGGUUGGAAGGGAUCCUAAAGCCCAUCCUGUUUCACAUCCUGUGGGCAGGGACACCUUCCACUAUCCCAGGUUGCUCCAAGCCCCAUCCAGCCUGGCCUUGGACACUUGCAGGGAUCCAGGCGCAGCCACAGCUUCUCUGGGCACCCUGUGCCAGGGCCUCCCCACCCUCCUCCCCCUGGGAUGAUACUCUGCUCUUGGGGUUUUGGUAUUUGCUGUCCAUGAGGAGAUUCAGUCGGAGGAUAAAGUAACUUUCCUGGUAUGGAAGGGGGCAGAUGGGAGACCCCAGAGCAAGUCUUCAUGACAUCAUCCCAAAAUCCAUGAGAACCCAUUCCCAGAUCACCAGACCAGCCCACAGCAUUGAAGUACACUGGCUUUUUAUUCCAUGCAUUGUUUGCUUUGAUAGUCAUUCUUGUUUCCAUCACUGUACACUGGUCAAUACAAAAAAAAAAAUCAA